CCCAGGUUCAUGGAGAAUGGUCAGCUUGAAAUCUAACAUGCUGCUUUCUUGCUUGCAUGACUAAUAGAUGAAUCUUUUUAGUUGUAAAUGAAACCAAGAAAGAGGAACUUCUGCAACUCUGGAAGUCUUGAUUUGAACAGCAGCAAUCUAAGGCUCCCAAGUAUCAUGGCACUUUCCUGGGUUGCAGUCAUUGCCAUAUUUGCGCUUUCUUCCAUUUACCGCAUAGUUUCUCAUCCCAACCCAGAGAUUUGGUUUCAAGACCUCUUCCCACCUAAGAUGUGUCCUGUCAAUGUCAGUGCGGAAGUUUUUUAUGGCAUCAUGUUUGAUGCAGGAAGUACUGGGACACGCAUUCACAUUUACACCUUUAUACAGAGAAGCCCAGAAAAGCCUGCAGAAUUAGAAGGGGAAAUCUUUGAAUCAGUGAAGCCAGGUCUCUCAGCAUACGCUGAUCAACCUGUGAAGGGAGCUGAAACUGUCAGAAAAUUGUUAGCCAUGGCCAAAGAAGCAGUGCCACCCAGCCAUUGGAAAAAGACCCCAGUAGUCUUGAAAGCCACAGCUGGUCUGCGGCUGUUAGCAGAGCAUAAAGCCCAGGCUCUACUCUCACAGGUCAAGGUGGUCUUUGAAGAAUCUCCUUUUCUAGUUCCUAAUAACAGUGUUAGCAUCAUGGAUGGAUCUUAUGAAGGUAUUCUUGCCUGGAUCACUGUGAACUUUUUGACAGGGCAAUUGUAUGGCCGGAACCAGCAAACAGUGGGGACUCUGGACCUGGGAGGAGCCUCAACACAGAUUACAUUUCUGCCGCAGCUGGAGGACACGCUGGAGCAAACACCGGUAGAUUUUCUUACCUCAUUUCAAAUGUUCAACAGCACUUUUAAACUCUAUACACACAGCUAUUUGGGGUUUGGACUGAAAGCUGCACGACUAGCAACAUUGGGAGCCUUGGAAAUGGAAGUGGAUGGACAGACGUUCCGAAGCUCCUGUUUGCCAAAGCAGCUGGAAGCAGAGUGGCACUUCGGGGGAGUAAGAUACCAGUAUGGUGGCAACAAAGAAGGGGAAACAGGAUUUGAACCUUGUUAUUCGGAAGUGUUGAAGGUGGUUCAAGGAAAACUGCAUCAACCAGAUGAGAUUCGGAGAAGCUCCUUCUAUGCCUUUUCCUAUUAUUAUGAUCGGGCUGUUGAAACUGACUUGAUAGAUUAUGAAAAAGGCGGCGUUUUAGAAGUGAGGGACUUCAAAAGAAAAGCCAAAGAAGUGUGUGACAAUCUGGAUAGCUAUAGCUCGGCUAGCCCCUUUCUGUGUAUGGAUCUCAGUUAUAUUACAGCCUUAUUAAAAGAAGGAUUUGGAUUUGGAGACCGCACAAUUUUACAGCUCGCAAAGAAGGUGAACAACGUAGAAACAAGCUGGGCUCUGGGUGCUACCUUUCACCUUCUGCAGUCCUUAGGACUUUCCCACUGA